GAGACGUUGGGAGAUAUGGAGAUGAAAGCUGGACUGGAAAAGAGAGCGAGAGUAGUCAGGGAUCCCUCCCUGCACUGGCAGCUCCUCAAAGCGCUGGCCGCUAUCCCACAGUGCUUUGCACGUGGGCCUCUCGCCUGCCUGUUCCGCUACAACGCCCUCUCUUUAGUCUACCUUCUCUACCUGCUGCUGUUGCCAUGGUUUCUCUGGCCCAACAAACAUACGCUGCGAGGUCACACAGGGCGGUUCAUUAAGGCUUUAUUCAGCACCAGUCUGCUCUUUCUGCUGGCUCAUGUCUGCUUCCAGAUUUGCCUCUACACCGUCCCAGACCUGGACUAUGCACUGGGACAGAACUGUAGCUCAUGGGAUACGCUGACGAGGCAUAUUGGUGUGUCCAGGCUGCCCCUGGAUGAGCCCUGGACAGUGGUGCGGCUCCUGGCCCCUGAUCUGGGCAUCUUCAUCAUCUCUCUGAUCACCAUGGUGCUGUGUAACCGCUUGGUGAAGAGCAGAGAGGACGGGACCGCAGCCCACAGCUCCACCCUCAACCAGGAGGAGGCUGGUACAGAUGAGGAAGAGGAGGAUGAGGAUGAAGAUGAGGAGGAGGAGGAGGAUGGUAGGCAGUCAUCCAGUGCGCCGGAGGAAGAGUCCAGCAGAGCAGAUCUGCUGGCCGCCCGCCUGAGAGCCGCGGCCCAGCGCUUCCUCAGGAACGUGGGCCGGAUCCUGGCCGUCACACUGCUGGCUCUGGCUGGGAUCACCUUGCCCUCCGCCUUCUCUGCCCUCUACUUCCUGCUGUUCAUCGGUGUGUGUACCUGGUGGGCCUGCCACUUUCCCAUCAGCCAACUGGGCUUCAAUGCGCUGUGUGUGAUGGUCAGCUUCUUCACGGCGGGCCACCUUGUGUGUCUAUACCUGUACCAGAGUACUUUUGCCCAGAGCAUCUUCACCCCGGACAGUCUGUGGGCCAGGCUCUUUGGCCUCAAGGACAUAAUAAAGCCUACGAACUGUUCCUCCUUCGGUGACCUCAUCCUUAACACAGAGCAUGACUGGCCAGUAUACGUCAACCCUGGCAUCCUCCUGCUCCUCUACAUCACCGUGGCAACCGUUCUGAAGAUCAGCAGCCAUAGUUACACUGAGACUAUUGUGGGCGAAGCCAAGGUUACAGAAAGUGGAAAUGGAGAGGAGGUGGAGCUAAGACCGUGGGCGGGCCGAAAAAGCCCUGGAGAUGACACUAAGCAAAUGCUGCUGGCCACGGGUGAAAGCCCGGGGCAGGAAUCAGACCCGUCUAACACUAAAGAGCAUGCCACUAACGGUUCCAGUCAGCAUGAACUAGGGGUCGAAGGAGAGGCUCUGGAGAAGCAGGAGGAGGACAGCCCACUACGUUUAGUGGGGAAGAUGAUCAUGCAGCAAAGUUACGUCUGUGCUCUCAUCGCCAUGAUGGUGUGGAGUAUAACCUACCACAGCUGGCUGACCUUCGUGCUGCUGCUGUGGGCGUGUCUGAUCUGGAUGCUGCGAGCGCGUCGCCGUUUCGCCAUGCUCUGCUCGCCCUUCAUCCUGCUGUACGGCCUGGGGCUCUGCGGCCUGCAGUACGUCUGGGCCAUGGACCUGGAGCCCGAACUGCCCCAGCACAUAGGCUCCAUGAGCCUGAGGCAGAUGGGUCUGGACCGAGCACACUACCCCUGUUUACGCCUUGGAGCCAUGCUGCUGUUCACACUGACGUUUUGGCUGCUGUUAAGACACUCAGUAAAGGACAUAUUCUGCAGGAAGAAGCAGGCAGCUCCACUGCAGGAGGUCACCACUGGAGAGAAUGCGGGGCGUGAUGACUCCAUUCUAAAGCUGCUGGGCAGAGUGGUGAUGAGCCUGUAUGCCAAGUAUUGGAUCUAUGUUUGUGGAGGGAUGUUCAUCAUGGUUAGCUUCGCCGGAAAGCUUGUAGCCUACAAGAUCAUCUACAUGCUGCUGUUUCUGCUCUGCAUGUGCCUCUACCAGGUGUAUUACUCCCUAUGGAGGAGGCUCCUGAAGCCCUUCUGGUGGUUGGUAGUGGCCUACACCAUGCUGGUGCUCAUUGCUAUCUACACCUUCCAGUUUGAGGACUUCCCAGGCUACUGGAGGAAUUUCACCGGCUUCACAGAGGAACAAUUGGCUGACAUUGGUCUAGAGACGUUUAAACUGUCUGAGCUCUUCACCAGCAUCAUGAUCCCCGGUUUCUUCCUCCUGGCCUGCAUCCUGCAGCUGCACUACUUCCACAAACGCUUCAUGAAGAUCACUGACCUGGAGCACGUCACACCCCUGAACAGAAAGCGAUCUGUCCCGAAGCCAGAGGUGCUCCAGAGUUCAGAGGGAGGAGGCUUUGAGGAGGAGGACCUGCAUACGGAGCUGGGAGAUGAUGAGUCAGAAGAUGGCGUGAUGGUGCCCAGUAAGUGGGGGCUGGUGAUGGACAGGCUGAUGGUGCUCUGUAGGAAGUUUUCAGACAUACUGACCCUGAUUCAGGCCUUUAUCUGGAGGAUCCUGGAGCUCCACAUCCUAAAGAUCGUCGCCUUCUUUGUCGUCUGGGUGGCGCUGUUGGAGCCAUCUGUGAUGAACCUGGUGUUGGUGGUGUUGUGGUCCUUUGCCAUGCCGUACACUCGUUUCAGACCUAUGGCCUCCUGUCUGUCCACCGUUUGGGUCUGCGUCAUCAUCGUCUGCAAAAUGCUCUACCAGCUCAGCAUCGUUAGUCCUAGUGAAUACUCCAACAACUGCACCGUGCCUCUUCCCAAUGAGACCAGCCUAGAGAGCAACGAGGUACAGAACUCCAUACUUUACAAAGAUCCAGUGGAUCCAGCUAACUGGUUUGGCUUCAGAAAGGAUGCCACUGCUUUAGGCUACAGUAAGAAUCAUCUGCUGGUGCUGCUGCUGCUGGUGUUUGAGGCGACGGUCUAUCGGCACCAGGUACAUCACUACAAGCAGCUUCAGCGCUCUCCUCCAACUAUCCCAGCCAUCUUCCCCCAGGCCACGCGGGACAAACUGGACCAGGGCCUGCUCCCCUGCAUCAAAUACCUGCUCAACUACAGCUUCUACAAGUUCGGCCUGGAGAUCUGCUUCCUGAUGACGGUGAAUGUGAUCGGCCAGCGCAUGAACUUCCUGGUCAUUAUCCACGGCUGCUGGUUGGUUGCGAUCAUGGUGCGGCGGCGCAGGGCGGCCAUCGCCAAAAUCUGGUCCAAGUACUGCCUCUUCCUGGUCAUCUUCAUGAUCUACCAGUACAUCCUAUGUGUGGGAAUCCCCCCGGCUCUCUGCAUCGAUUAUCCAUGGAGAUGGAAAACUUCAGUCACCGUCAACUCAGCACUGAUCAAAUGGAUCUACCUGCCUGAUUUCUACACCAUCCCCAACUCCAAAAACCUCAUCGCGGAUUUCCUGCUGCUGAUGUGCGCCUCUCAGCAGUGGAAGGUGUUUGAGAAUGAGAAGAAGGAGGAGUGGAUGGUGAUGGGAGGAGAAAACAAUGAUAACCCGGACCCCAUGGAGGGAAUCCCCUUUAACCCUGCCCCAAACUUCAUCAACUGCAGGUCAUAUCUGGACAUGGCGAAGGUCCUGGUGUUCCGGUAUAUGUUCUGGUUCGUGUUGGCUGUGGUGUUUGUGACGGGUUCUACCCGGAUCAGUGUUUUUGGUCUGGGUUAUCUGCUGGCCUGCUUCUUCUUCCUGCUGUUCGGCACUCAGCUGCUGAUCAAACGGUCCCGCACCAGGCUGCUGAUGUGGGACUGCCUCAUCAUCUACAACGUCACCGUCAUCAUCUCCAAAAACAUCCUGUCUAUCCUGGCCUGUGUGUUUGUAGCUGAGAUGCAGUCUCGCUUCUGCUGGGUGAUCCAGCUCUUCAGUCUGGUCUGCACAGUCAAAGGCUAUUAUGACCCUGAGUCUCUGAGCGAUAAGGACUGCAGUUUGCCCGUAGAGGAGGCCGGCAUUAUCUGGGACAGCAUCUGCUUCUUCUUCCUCCUGCUGCAGAGGAGAGUCUUCCUCAGCUUUUACUUCCUGCACGUCACAGCGGACCUGCAGGCUUCAGCGCGACAGGCCUCCAGGGGUUUUGAGCUGUUCAGAGCCAGCAUCAUAAAGAACAUGCGUUUCCAUCAACAAGCAGAGAAGAAAUCCAUCCAGCAACUGAAAAGCUCCAUGCAGCGAAUCCGUGAUAAGCAGCAGAAAUAUAAAGAAGGUCGGAAGGCGUCCGAGACAGAGGAGCACCCAUCAGAGUUGCAGGAGGAGAGGACAGAGAGGAAGGAAAAGAAGGAAGGGUCCUCUAGUCAGAAAGAGUGGUACCGGCCCUGGAUAGACCACGCAACGGUGUUGCAUUCUGGAGAUUAUUACCUGUUUGAGUCUGACAGUGAAGAGGAGGAGGACGUCUCAGUUGAAGAGCAGAAACAACGUAAACAGACUGCAUUUCAGCUGGCGUACCAGGCGUGGGUGCGCAGUGCUAAACAGGCACUGAGAGAGCGGCAGCAGAGACAGAGAGAGCAAAGACUGGAGAGAGAAAGACAACAGGCCAGCUCACGAGCCUCAGGUGAUGGUGAGGAGGCUGGUGCUGGGACGUCACAGGUGGAGGAGCAGGAGCUGGGAGAGGAAGCGGAGGAGUCAGGGACUGGCAGUGAUACAGUGCAGCGGAUUCUGGACAUCCUGAAGUUCCUCUGGGUUCUGUGUCUGGCCAUGGUGGACGGUUUCACCCUCUGGCUCAACAUGUUCACCAAACAAUAUGUAGACACGUCCACUGUUCUGUGUGAUGAGCGCUACAUGCUCACUCACAACAUCAGCCAGAUGCCCUCCAGGGAGCCCAUGGAUGACCAGCUGUCCCAGGGCAGUGAGAGCCCCACUCUGGAGACGUGUCUAGAUGAGACCGAUACAGACAUUAAUGUCAGUGGAGCUGUGAGUUCUGCUGGGCUGGAGGAAAUCAGCGAGUUGGAUGGUGCGCAGGGCUGCAGCAGCACCAGUCUAAGCUCCCAGCCGACUCUGCAGCUGGAGGCGGACUCACGUGCCUACCGACGCCAGCGCCGCUCCAGGACAGCCAGCGAGCUGCUCUCAGACGGGCCUUACUGCAUACAGGAGCUGGUACAGAGUCGAGAGUUCUACAGCACUCAGAAUCGGCUGCUUAAGCUCCUCUUCGCUCUCUACAACGUCCUGGCCGCCCACUCGGAGCUGGUGUGUUAUUUCAUCAUUGUGCUGAAUAACGUGGUGACCGCCUCGGUCAUCUCUCUGGUCCUACCCAUCCUGACCUUCCUCUGGGCCAUGCUGGCUGUGCCUCGGCCCUCGAAGAGCUUCUGGAUGACCGCCAUCGUUUACACAGAGGUCAUGGUUGUGGUGAAGUACUUGUUCCAGUUUGGCUUCUACCCUUGGAACAGUGUACGCGUGACCAAUAUGAACAAGAACGAUCCCUUUUUCAUUCCACGGAUCCUCGGCCUGGAGAAAACUGAUAACUACAUUCGCUACGACCUGCUGCAGCUGCUGGCUCUGUUCUUCCACCGCUCACUGCUCCAGCGCUAUGGGCUGUGGGAUCAGGAGGGCCCUCUGGAGGAGAAGGCCAGUCCAUCCUCAGAGCAGGAGAAGGCGAAGAAGGAGGGAGAGGAGAUGGACGCUAGUGUCUUUGAGCUGGAUGACGAGACUCCAGGGCCUGACCAGGAGGCUCAGACACACACAGAUACGCAGACAGAAACACAGACUGACCCUGAGCAGAACCAGAGUGCAGAGAUAACCCCCGAACCGCCCAGUCCACACAAGGAAACAGGGCAAGAGGAAGGCCUGCUGCGGUUCCGCAAGAAGAAACCAUCAAACAAAGAUACCACAGCGAAAGAGACUAAGAAGAAGAAGAAGGCCAAAGCGAAGCGUGGCGAGGAAGCCAGUAAAAAGCUGAAGGCCUUUGGAGAAAAACUCAAGGGCUUUUUCAUCUCUGUAGUGAGGAACGUCUAUAGGCCGCCCUACAGAUUCUUCCAGAAUAUCCUGCAUGCAGAGUAUCGCGCUGCCACUGACGUGUACGCUCUGAUGUUCCUCACUGAUGUGGUGGAUUUCAUCAUCAUCGUGUUUGGCUUCUGGGCUUUUGGGAAACACUCAGCGGCGACCGACAUCGCCUCCACUCUGUCGGAGGAUCAGGUGCCCGAGGCUUUCCUGGUCAUGCUCCUCAUCCAGUUCAGCACCAUGGUCAUCGACCGAGCCCUCUACCUGCGCAAAGCCAUGCUCGGAAAACUCAUCUUUCAGGUCAUUCUGGUAUUCGGCAUCCACCUGUGGAUGUUCUUCAUCCUGCCUGGAGUCACAGAGAGGAUGUUCAAUCAGAACUUUGUGGCUCAGCUCUGGUACUUCGUCAAAUGCAUCUACUUCACUCUGUCGGCCUAUCAGAUCCGCUGUGGCUACCCCACUCGCAUCCUCGGAAACUUCCUUACUAAGAAGUACAACCAUCUCAACCUCUUCCUCUUCCAAGGGUUCCGCUUGGUACCGUUUUUGGUGGAGCUUCGGGCUGUGAUGGACUGGGUCUGGACUGACACCACGCUGUCUCUUUCCAACUGGAUGUGUGUGGAGGACAUUUAUGCCAACAUAUUUAUAAUAAAGUGCAGCCGAGAGACAGAAAAGAAAUAUCCUCAACCGAAAGGCCAGAAAAAGAAGAAGAUCGUGAAGUACGGGAUGGGCGGACUCAUCGUCUUCUUCCUUAUCUGCAUCAUCUGGUUCCCACUGCUCUUCAUCUCACUGGUCAGAUCAGUUGUGGGUGUGGUCAACCAUCCUGUGGAUGUAACGGUCACAGUCAAGCUGGGAGGUUAUGAGCCCCUGUUUACGAUGAGCGUCCAGCAGCAGUCUAUACAGCCGUAUACGCAAGAGCAAUACGUCGGCCUCACGAAGUGGUUUGGAGAUAACGCAGUGGCAAUGCAGUUCAUUACACUGUACAGUUAUGAGGACAUCGUUACAGCCAACAUCGAGGGCAGCUCAGGGUCAGUCUGGAGGAUCAGCCCACCAAGCAGAGGGGAACUCAUUAAGGAGCUGCUGGGCAGCGCAGACAUGACCCUGCGACUGGCCUGGAACUUUCAGAGGGACCUGAGUAAAGGUGGGACAGUGGAGAACACUUUUGAUAAACACUCCAUCAAUCUGGAGCGUGGAAACCCAGUGAGGGCAGAUUUGGCCUCAUUGCUGGUGGGGAAUCGCACAGAGCCAGUUCUAGUGCCGCACAUGUUCCCCAACUUCAUCAGAGCACCAAACGGAGCCGAGGCCAAGCCGGUCAGCCAGCUGUACGAGGGAGAUGAGGAGGGCUACCAGAACGUGACGCUGUCUUUGAUGAGGGACGGCUCUCUGGAGUGGUGGGACAUCAGCAUUGCGGGCUGUAACAAGUCUUCAGUAGGCUGCAGGGUCUUACGCAUGGACAUCUUCAACGACAAAGUUAGCCCACCCAGUCUGGGCUUCCUGGCUGGAUAUGGGAUCAUGGGGCUGUACGUGUCAGUGGUUCUGGUGAUCGGUAAGUUUGUGCGAGGCUUCUUCAGCGAGAUUUCGCACUCCAUCAUGUUCGAGGAGCUUCCGUGCGUGGACCGCAUCCUCAAACUGUGCACGGACAUCUUCCUCGUCCGAGAGACGGGCGAGCUGGAGCUGGAGGAGGAGCUCUACUCGAAACUCAUCUUCCUGUACCGCUCCCCAGAGACCAUGAUCAAAUGGACCAGGGAGAAGAACAAAGACUAGACUCGUAUUCGUCCACCUGAACUACCUGUCCUUUUCGUAGCGUCACCUGGUGCAGGUGAGGCGCUCUUAUUCAAAGUGCCUUCGUUUAGACGUGGCCUUUCUGUGGGCCCAGCUGGAACGAGUGGAGCUUCAGUGUUAACGCUCAUCCGUGACGUGGCACUUGCUGAGGCUGUAACGAUGUUUUAUGAGCACAGAAAUGAGCACAUAGCGAUUUCUUCUCAAUGCUGCUGAGCUAUGCUGACACAGUGCAUGUUUGAGAGAGAGAGAGAGAGAGUGAAAGUGAAAGAGAGAGAGUAAGAGAGAGUGUUAGAUGGGCUCUCUGAACCUAAAGGCUUGGGUAUGCAGGGGUUUACUAGGUUUCUGUUCAUUAAGGCUGAGCCAUGCUUACAUAAUCCAGUUUCCAGCAGAGCCCCAGGCUCAAACAGCCUUAUUGAGUGAAUGUGACCUUAUCCCAAUUCUGACCUUGAAUACGUUACUGUCUGGGAUUUUCCUUUCAAUACACUCUGAAAAUGGACAAGAGGUCAGGCGGAGAUUUCCUGAUAGGACCUUUUACGCUCCAAAACAAACACUAUUGUAAUGUUAUUUGAUCAUGUAGAUGAUAAACACACCAAAAAACUGUUUACAAACAAAAACACCCGACAAACGGAAAGGGUUCCUCGCACGAUGCCAUAGGAGAACCACUUUCCCAAAAAACCUUUCCGUGGAUGAUCCUUUACAGAACCAUUUUCAGAAAUGAGAUGUUUGAGUGAGAAGCAUAUUUAUAGGUUAAAGAACCUCCACGUAAUAUACAAGGUUCUAACCCUUAAACUGGUACCGAACCUUUAUAUUAUGUGAAGGUUCAUUAAGACUUUUAAACAUGGCUGCCCAAAGUGGCCCGCCAGAAAGUUACCUAAUGCCGUCCCCUCACUGACUGAGAGAACAGACCUAUUUUGACACUAUUUAAUUCUUAUUUUCCAUCUGAAAAUGUAUUUUUGAAGUAUUUUAGCUUCGUGGUGUAAUUUUAUGAUAUACAUUUUUA